AUGGAACGGGAAAACUUGUCACCUACGCUGGAAACAAUCACUACACUGAUCCAUGGAGCAGGGGUUGUUCGAAAUCCAAUCAAGGCACGGCAGUUAUUUGAUGAUAUUCGCUUGAGAAACUUGCUUCCGGACAUUGGCGCUUAUAAUGCUUUUAUGAGUUCACUUAUUAGAUCAAGACAUCUGAAGUCAGCGAUCGCCUUGAUGGAUGAGAUGGAAGAGAAUCAUAUUGAGCAGGACAAUACGACUUACCACACCGUAUUCCCUGGCUUGAUGAGGACAUCUGAUAUUGAAGGCGUUUCUAGGCUACAUCACAAAAUGGUUGAUAAAAGUUUCGUGCCCAAAACACGAACGGUUGUAAUGACAUUAAAAUUUUUCUGUGUAAACCAUCAGCUUGAUUCGGGUUUGCAUUUGUGGCGAUACCUAGUGGAGAAAGGAUAUUGUCCUCACAGUCAUGCAUUGGACCUUCUGGUAACGGAAUUGUGCUCACGGGGUAGGGUAAACGAAGCUUUUGAGUGCUCCACACAAAUGAUGGAGAGGGGUAGACAUAUGAGCGAAGCAUCGUUUCGGACAUUGGAAAGCUUGCUGCUUCAGGAAGGUGAGAUGGACAAGCUGAGGAAGCAGAAGCAGAUGAUAAAGAAAUUGCAGAACGUGUUGCGCCAAGUAAAAGGGCAUACUAUUGCUGAUCCUGCACAUUCAGACAGAGAGUUGUAG